AUGGCAUCGCCGCAGGAACAGAAUGGCGGCGUGGAGACCGAACUCCCCCCGCCGCUGGAGCGGAGGAACAGUCUGGAGAAACAUCUGCAGAACCGCCCGGAAGAGCAGGAUCUGAAGGAUCGGCAUAUCCUGCUAGACACGACUGCUGCGCCCGCGUUGCAGGCUCGGGCGGCGGAGUUGGAGAGGCAGAGGAUUACGGAUAAUCUGAAGAAGGUAGGUAAAAGAUGAAGAGAGAGAACGAGAGCGUUCUGAGAUACAUGUCGCUAAGGAUGGGAUUCAGGGACUGGCGAAGCGUCCGGAAAAGGACGAAUUGGUCGAGAGGAAUAUCCUGCCGGAUUCGAGCGCGGCGCCGGCGAUCCAGGCGAAUCAGAAGGAAUUGGAGAAGCACAUGCGGGCGGAUCACCUGGAUAAGGCGUUGCAGCAGCGGCCGGAGAAGGAGGAGUUGAUCAAGGAGGGGAUUUUGAAGGAGGGUGAGUUCUUAAUUUUUUGCAGUGUCAACUUUUCCAUCCGCAUAACCUAUUGCCUGCCAGUGCUGACAAAUCUGCGGACCCCACGGCGGGAAAAUAGGACGAAUGUCGAAGGGCUAA